CUGCUCAAUAAAUGCUAAGAGGAAGUGAACGUCGGAGUUUCUGGAGAAGAUAUUGCUUUAUGCAAUUUGGAGAUGUUGGAAUUUUUCUCAACAAAUUUCCAGGAUUUUGUUUGGUAGUGCUUGCUGGCUGACCAUAAAUGUCUUUUUUGCACUGUGCAUGCACAAAGGCACGAGUAGGAGAUUCACCUGUUUCAGCACCUUUUGAUCGUGAUCUACAAUAUCCAUCAAAUGAGAACCAACUGGAGGCCUCUCCAGAAAACAAUGCAGAAAUGGUGAAGUAUGAACCAAAUCGGUCACAUUACACGUUAUACUCCUUAAUAGGUCAUGGGUUCUGUGAUGCAGUCACUGUUUAUCUGGCAAAACAUAGACCAUCAGGAACAAAUGUUGCAAUCAAAAAAAUAGACUUAGAAAAUAUUUUUACAGAUAUUGCAGAUUUACAGAAAGAAAUUGCCUUGGUUCAGCAACUACAACAUGACAAAAUUUUGAAAUUUUACACUACAUUUGUUUAUGACCAUGAACUUUGGAUUAUAAUGCCAUUUAUGGCAUAUGGAUCCUGCAAAGAUAUUUUCCAUGCUUAUUUCACAUCUGGCUUGCCCGAGCAAGCUAUAGCUUACAUAUUACGAGAUACCAUCAAAUCACUAGAAUAUCUCCAUUCCCGGGGAAUAAUUCAUCGUGCAGUGAAAGCCAGUCAUGUGUUGAUCUCAGCCAGUGGUACUGUCCAGCUUUCUGGAUUACACAAUGCUCUCUCUAUGAUCCAAAGUGGCAAGCGACUCCGGCGACUUCAUGAUUAUCCUGCUGCUGCCAUUAACAUUUUACUUUGGCUUAGUCCAGAAAUACUUGAACAGAAUAUGGCUGGUUAUGAUACUCGCUCUGACAUCUAUAGUAUUGGCAUUCUGGCAUGUGAAUUAGCAAAUGGUUAUGCUCCUUUUGCUGAUAUGCCAGUAACACAGAUGCUUUUAGCAAAAUUAAAUGGCACCAAACCAGUUUUACUUGAUUCUCGCACUAUCAUUGAAUUUGGUGGCGUCCACAGUACUAUGAGUAAUCGGCUAAGUACAAACAUUGCCAAAGAGUCACCAGCUUACACCCGAACAUUUUCUUAUGCUUUUCAUAACUUUGUUGACAUGUGCCUGGAGAAAGAAGCUCACAUGAGGUUGCCUCUUUCCAGUUUAUUGAAUCACGCAUUUCUAAAGAACCUCCGCAAGAAUACAGCAGAUAUCUUACCUGGUUUACUACAUCCUGUAACUCCUCUCACAGAUAUCAGUAAACUACCAAAACAAGAUGGCUCAGAAAUGGAUGAGUUGAUAGAUGCAACAGAGGAUAUAAGUAUUGAAGAUAAGUGGAUUUUCUGACAGUUAUUUGAGCAGCUAAAUGUUUAAAAUUACUUAUUAUUCAGCCUUGUUGGUGGACAUAUCACAUGAAGGUUUCUUCUGGAAAGAGCUCAAAUAAAUGAUCUAUACUAGACAAAGUAAAAAACAGCAACUCCUGUGUCUCACUCCUCUCAUUUCUUGAGGCUUAUGAAGUUUUUUGUCUAUGUUAACUUUUUAUCUUUGUUGAACAAUACUUUAUCUUUGUCUAUUAUAUAUUCAAAUAGAUUCCUGAUUUCAGUGUCUGUUUUUAUACAUAAAAUAAAUAUCCAAUCAAUUCUUAA